AUGGCGCCAACAAAACCCCUUGAAAUCCGAUCUAAAUCUUCCAAUAUCGCAUUCGGGCCAACCCUCGGUGGACUGAUUGGAGGAUUCACCUUCAUCGCACUUUGUGUCAUAGGCUUUUGUCUUUUUAAGAGAAAGUUUAGGAGGAGAAGAAGAAAGGCAAGAAGGCAAGAGUACUUGAAGGGGAGAAAUACAUCGAAGGUUUCUGAAAGCCCUGUUAGUUCGAAUGGAAAUGUCAAUUCUGUUAAAACUCACGGGGAGGCGAGUCUAGAGGCGGAAAUGGCAAGAGGCUCGAAUGGAGAUGUAGAUUCUCUUUCCAAUCGACGGGAGCCGGUUGAAGCUUGA